AUGUCAGGGCAUGAGCGAGAGUCGGUCCAUGAGGCAGACCACACGCUGUUCAUUUCGGCAUGGACGCUCCCACCGUCUCCAAUCAUAGCACAGGUUUGGCCGAAGUCUGGCUGCUUCGUCCAUGAUAUCGGAACGCCGCAGACGCCACGGCGUCUGGCGCAUUUGGCGGGGACGUCGGGCACGAUCUAG